CUCUUCUCUCCAAUAUUCUCUCAUACCUUCAAGCAGCACAGAAAUUUGGAGUUUGGCGAAAUGGCUGAGUCCCUAUGGACUUGCGUUGUUGAAAAAGUGUUGGAGAAGAUCGCAAGUGUUGUAGCUGAGCAAAUUGGAGUGGCAACUGGCUUUAACAAUGCACUAGAGGAGCUGCACAAAAAUCUUGUUGAGGCUGAAAAUAUCAUAAAUGCUACCACAAAAAAGACUUCACAUGAUGAUCUACUGAGGAAGGGGGUGAAUGAUCUUCAGCUUACUGUUGAUGAAGCCAAUGAUGUGUUGGACUUGAUUGUUUAUGAAGAUCUUCGUAAAAAGGUGAAGUCACAAACCAAAUGGAAGGUACCAUUUUCCUUUUGCACAUCUAAAUAUUCUCCUGCCUUUCGUCUCAAAAGGGCCAAAGAAAUUAAGGAAAUUCUAGGGAUGUUAUCAGAACAUAUGGACAAGUUACCUAAAUUAGCAUCUCUGGGCGAUAAUACCACAGAAACAGAGAUUGAUAUGAACCAACUUCGAGAGACGGACUCAAAAAUCGAUGAUUUUGAUAUUGUGGGUAGGGAUGUUGAACUUUCGAGCAUAGUGGAUAGGGUGAUUGAUGCUACAAAUAGACAUGUUACGUCUAUCUUACCCAUUGUGGGUGUCGGUGGACUGGGAAAAACAACAUUGGCGAAGUUGGUCAUCAAUCACGAGAGGAUCAAACAUCAUUUUAAUAAUAAUACCAUAUGGGUGUGUGUGUCUCAACCUUUUAACGUCAAUAAGAUUUUGGGAACAAUCUUAGAAACUUUGAAGGAUACUCCUAGUGGGUUGGAGUACAAAAAGGAGGUCUUACUUGGUCAACUUUACAAAGAGAUGCGUGGAAAAAAAUAUUUUCUUGUGCUUGACGAUGUUUGGAAUGAAAAUCGUCUUUUGUGGGAUGAGUUGAAAAAUUGUUUGAUGAAGAUCACUGAAAAUUCAGAAAAUGGUAUCCUUGUGACUACAAGGAGUGCUGAAGUUGCAAAAAUUAUGGAAACACUUCCUAGUCAUCAUUUAGGUAAACUAUCUGACGAUCAAUGUUGGUCCUUAUUUCAAGAAAGUGCAAAUGCAAAUGGACUAUCAAUGACUUCAAGUUUGAAAGUUGUUCGAGAAGAGUUAGUUAAAAAAAUUGGUGGCCUACCAUUAAUUGCAAAAGUUUGGGGAAGCGCAGAACAAUAUUUAGGAGACCCUGAUAAAUGGGUGAUAAAUUUAAAAAGUUUAGUAUGUAAUUCAUUGCAAAACGAAAACAGUGCUACAUCCGCACUAAAAUUAAGUGUGGAUCGUCUACCUAGACAUUCUUUAAAGCAAUGUUUUGCCUACUGUUCAAAUUUUCCCAAAGAUUUUGAGUUUACGAAAGAACAACUAAUUCAAAUGUGGAUAGCACAAGGAUUUAUUCAUCUACCAAAAGGAAGAAGUAACGAAACAAUAGAAGAUGAAGGAGAUAGGCACUUCAAGAUCUUGUUGCGUCGUUGCUUAUUUCAAGAUGUUGUUCAAGAUGAUAGAGGAAUAAUUGUAAGUUGUAAGAUGCAUGAUCUUAUACAUGACAUUGCAUGUGAUGUUUCAAAUGAUCAUAAAUUGCAAUAUUCCAACAAUUCAUUGGAUGGGGAAGUUUGGACGGAUGAGAAUAAAAAAAUUGCAAGCAAGUUACGCACCAUAAUUUAUUGUGAAGAUCAAAUGAUGCCUCCCAUAAUGGAGAAGGUGAUUCAUGAUAAGGUGAUGAACUUUGUUUGUUUGCGUGUUUUGAAGAUGAAUUCAAGGUCAAUUUCUGAGUUACCAGAUUCAAUUGGUGAGUUGAAGCAUUUGCGAUAUCUCGACAUUUCAGGUUGUUCAAUAACACAGCUUCCAAAAUCUAUUGCUUUGCUUUAUAAUUUGCAGACACUAAAUAUGGGAGGCUUGCUGAUUAAAGAUCUUCCAAAGAAUAUAAUAGAUUUGGUUAACUUAAAACAUUUGCAAUUUUAUCCGUAUCAUUUUGAUACAUAUAAAAUGCCUGCAUAUUUUGGUAAGUUGACUCAGCUGCAAACGUUAUCUUAUUUUGUGGUUGGGUUUGAGAAUGGUCAUAAAAUUUCAGAACUUGGACUUCUGAAAAACUUGAAAGGUAGUUUGAAUCUUUGUUUUCUAGAGAAAGUUGAAAGUAAAGAGGAAGCCAGGGCUGCAAAAUUGGUGGAAAAGGAGAACUUAGAUGAGCUAGAAUUUGAAUGGAGUCAGUCUCAUUUAAGAAAAGAUAACGACAGUUACAAAGAUUUCGAAAUAUUGGAAGGACUUCAACCACACAAAAAUCUGCGAUCAUUGAGUAUCGAGCGCUCGGCAAUCAAAUCUUUGCCAAACAACAUUUUUGUUGAGAAUCUGGCAGUAAUAAGCUUAAGGGAUUGUCAAAAUUGUGAAAGGCUUCCAAUGCUUGGGCAGUUAAGAAACCUAGAGAGACUUGAGGUAUAUGGCUUGCAUAGUGUACAAAGUAUAAGCAAUGAAUUCUAUGGAAAUGAUUGUAACCAAAGGACCUUAUUCCCCAAGCUGAGGGCAUUCUUACUCUCUGAUAUGGAGAACUUAGAGCAGUGGAAAGAAGUAACAGUUGCAUCAAAUCUUACAACUUUUCCUUGCCUUGAAAGCUUGAACAUUUGGAGAUGUCCCAAGUUAAUGAACAUUCCAGAUGUUUUUGGUUAUUGUGAUGAGAAUGGUGUUGAGCACCUUAGACAUGUGACUAUUUCAGGAUGUGAUGGAUUGAACAAACUUCCAAAUGGGCUUCAAUUUUGCCACUCCAUUGAAGAUUUGACAAUAGAGGACUGUUCCAAUUUGACCUUAAGUCUGCAAAAUAAGAACAGGUUGUCUUCUCUAAGCAUUGGUGGCUUACACAAAUUGCCAGAGGGGAUGGCCCAUCUUAAGAAGUUGGAAGCAAUGAAAAUUAAUGGAGGCAUCCAAGACUAUGACUUUAGUCCUCUCAUGCACCUUCCUUCUCUUACAUAUCUUCAUUUGUGUGACGAUUUGGGAACUGCAACCCAUGUUCCUCGACAAGUUGAGCACUGCACUACUCUGAAAUUUCUAAUCAUUGAAAAUUUUGAGCAUAUUGAAGCAUUGCCAGAAUGGUUUGGAAACUUUACAUCUUUGAAAAGAUUAGGACUUUACUUUUGCAGCAAUCUGAAACAAUUGCCUUCGAGAGAAGCAAUGCUACGCCUCACCGAAUUACGUGCUUUAUAUGUUGAUAGAUGUCCACAACUACAACUCGACGAAGGUGACACGGAGCGGGCCAAACUUUCCCAUCUUCCAGAAAUUGAUGUUCGUUUCGGUUAUCGUGUUUAUAAGCUAUAGAUAAUUCUUUUUAGCCCUUUUGGUAGCACCACCCUUUGGGUAAGUGUAUUCAAAUAAUUCUCAGUUUAAUUAUUCAAGUUUUCCAUUUACAAAACUAUUGAAGAUUCAAGGAAAAGAAACUAUGAUUGGUGUUAUCCUAUAGUUGUGACUAUGAAGAACAUUUUGUUGUAAUUCAU